AUGAUCUUAAUAGGAAGGUUCAUUGGAGGUAUAGGUUGCGGCGCUGCCUUCGUCUACGGACCUAUGUUUAUUUCGGAAAUCGCUGAGGAAUCUAUAAGAGGAACACUGGCAUCUGCUCCAAUUGCAUUUAAUUGUAUAGGCAUUCAAAUGUCCUAUAUACUGGGUUGGUAUCUGACCUACCGAUACAUCGUGUGGGUGAACCUGGCCUGCAGCGUACUGGGAGUGGCGCUUUUGAUGACGGUAACGGAAAGCCCCGUUUACCUUUUGCGACAGAAAAGAGAAGAGGAUGCUAGACUAGCUAUAGCUCAUUAUAGAGGAGAGUCGCCAGCAGUUUUAGAAGAGUUGUCGCAGCUUAAACAACAGAUAACGCCGGUCUUUGAAUUAAUAGCAAAGAAUAUUGAAGACAACCAUAAAACAGAAGAAGCGGAGAAAGAAAAGCUCAAUACGGAUGAUGAUUCUCCACAAAUGAAAACGAGAAUGUCGUCUCUCAAAUUACUAUUUUUAUCACCAUCGUCACGUCGAGGAUUCAUCGUGGUGGGAUUAUGCAUUGUUUUGCAGGUCAUGAUGGGCGUGUUACCCGUGCAAGUGUACGCGAAACAGAUUUUUACCCAAGCAGCCCCAAGUCUGUCGUCUAACUUCUGUUGCGUUAUGUUAGCUACGGUCCUUCUCGUUGGAAGUUUGUCAAGUCUUGUGAUGGCUGACAAGUUUGGAAGAAAGUUCCUUUUAGUAACUUCGUCGAUGUUGGUAGCCCUUUGCGUCUGCUCUAUGGGCAUAUCCCUGCAGACUGGUAUUGUGCCACCGUGGGUGACUGCAGCGCUCAUCCUGGUGUACUGUUUCUCCUACAUGUAUGGAGCCGGAAGCAUACCUUUCGUAUUGAUGGGUGAAUGUUUCAUGCCCGAGGUACAAAGUUUAGCGACUAUACUACUAAUAGAAUUGGCCUGGCUUUCCAAUUUCUUCAUCAUUGGAGUCUUCCCUUUUAUGGUUAAAUACAUCGGUAUCCACGGCUCUUUUUACACGUUCGCUUGCUGCGCCAUUUCCAAUGGUUUCAUUAGCUACUUCCUCGUACCUGAAACUAAAGGUCUCACCAAAGAUCAAAUACAAGAAAAAUUGUUAAGAAGGAAAAAGUAA